AUGCUCCUCGCGUCGGGCAAGAAGGGCUACCGCGCGGCGCUCCCGCACGCGCGCAUCAAGACGGCCCCGCCGCGCCUGAACCGCGCGAUGGGCAACGCCUCGCGCGUGAUGGUCCAGGCGAACGAGCUCGAGGACGUCACGGAGACGUAUAAGGACUUCAUGUGCAAGUUCACGGGGCAGCCGCGGGAGGUGAUCGAGAAGGACGUCGGCCGCGACAAGUACUUCACGCCGGAGCAGGCCGUCGACUACGGCCUGAUCGACCGCAUCGUGCAGCCGGACUCGAUGAUGUUUGACAAGCAGGACUACGAGUCCAUGCUGGCCUCGAGCGGGCGGGGCCGCCCGGGCGCCGCGGCGCAGCCGGGGAUGGCGUGA